AUGAACAAAAGAGAUAAAAUUAAGAAACAUGAUUUUGUUGUUACAAUAAUUGUUGUAUUGUUCAUUUGCACUCUUGGACCACAACUAGUUUCUUGUCAGAAAAAUACAGGUGAUGGUGGUUCAAGUGGUACCGGUCUUGAGGAUAUAGUCGCGAAAGAAAUGUAUCGCGGCUUAUCCAGUUAUACAAAUGUUUUCAAAGCUACAAUUAAAAAAGAGUUGGGUUAUUGCAUAGUUGAUGUGGAUGCUGAUUGGGAUGGUGCCUUUAAUUUCACCAAAGAUCUCACAUUUUUGUCCAUGUGUGCCCAAGAAAUGAAAGGAGAUAUUUCACAAAGGAUGUGCACAUCAGGAGAAAUAGAAGCCUAUGCCAGAAGUUUUGCUGCAGGAGACAAGUCUGCAGGCUCUGGAAGAACCAAAGCAAACUUUUUGAAGCCAAACAAAAACUGUAAUUUGAGUUCUUGGGUUAAUGGAUGUGAACCUGGUUGGGGCUGUAAAGCUAAUGAUAAAGUUGAUGUUAAUAAUCAAAAGAAGGAAAUACCUGUUAGAUCUGUUGAUUGCAAACCUUGUUGUGAAGGUUUCUUUUGUCCUCGCGGCAUCACCUGCAUGAUUCCUUGUCCUUUGGGAUCUUAUUGUCCGCGUGGGGAACUAAAUAAAACUAGUGGAAUAUGUGCACCAUAUCGUUAUCAGUUACCUCCUGGAAAAGCUAACCAUAGCUGUGGAGGAGCAGAUAUUUGGGCUGACAUUACCAGUAGUAGCGAGGUAUUCUGUUCAGCAGGAUCAUAUUGUCCAUCUACAAUCGUAAAAAAUCCUUGCAGUAGAGGGUAUUACUGCAGAACAGGUUCUACAGCUCAAGAGAGAUGUUUCAAGCUAGCAAGUUGUGAGCCGAAAUCUGCAAAUCAAAAUAUUACUGCAUAUGGUCUCCUGGUUUUUGCCGGCUUGUGUUUUAUGCUGAUUAUCAUAUACAACUGUUCUGAUCAAGUUCUCGCAACUCGAGAAAGAAGACAAGCAAAAUCAAGAGAAAGAGCUGCUGCAAGUGUAAGAGAAACACAAGCGCGCGAAAAAUGGAAAUCUGCAAAAGACAUUGCUAAGAAGCAUGCUACAGGACUACAAUCACAAUUAUCGCGUACAUUUUCGCGCAAAAAAACAAAUAAAAUGCCAGAUUUCAAAGGUGCGUUACCACCUAUGGGAGCUGGGGCAAAAGCAAAGAAAAAGGAUAAAAACGACCUCUCAAAAAUAAUAAAUGAUAUUGAGCAAGAUCCUGAUAGUCAAGAAGGGUUCAAUGUGCAAAUCGGAGAUAAAAAUGUGAAAAAACAAGCACCAAGGGGUAAGGCUUUGCAUACUCAGAGUCAAAUUUUCAAGUAUGCAUAUGGUCAGAUUGAAAAAGAAAAGGCAAUGCAGGAACAAAAUAAGAACUUAACAUUUUCCGGAGUGAUUUCAAUGGCUAGUGACAUUGAUAUAAGGAAAAGGCCUACAAUUGAGGUUGCUUUUAAAGACUUAACACUCACUUUGAAAGGGAAAAACAAACAUCUAUUGAGAUGUGUGACUGGUAAGUUACAUCCCGGUCGAGUUUCUGCUGUCAUGGGUCCGUCUGGGGCUGGUAAAACAACAUUUCUUUCUGCUUUAACUGGAAAAGCAGCUGGAUGCCACACAACUGGUCAAGUUCUUGUAAAUGGUCAGGAAUCUUCUAUUCGAUCAUUCAAGAGGAUCAUUGGCUUUGUUCCACAAGAUGAUAUCGUCCAUGGCAAUUUGACAGUGGAGGAGAAUCUGUGGUUUAGUGCCAGAUGCAGACUCUCGGCCGAUCUACCAAAAGAAGAGAAAGUGUUAGUGGUUGAAAGAGUCAUUGAAUCUUUGGGUCUUCAGGCAAUAAGGGAUUCUUUGGUUGGGACAGUGGAGCAACGAGGAAUAUCUGGCGGUCAAAGGAAGAGAGUAAACGUUGGACUAGAAAUGGUUAUGGAACCUUCCCUUCUAAUUUUGGAUGAACCUACAUCUGGUUUGGACAGUUCAUCUUCUCAAUUACUGCUUAGAGCACUUAGACGCGAGGCUCUUGAAGGCGUAAACAUAUGUAUGGUCCUUCACCAACCGAGCUACACAUUGUUCAAGAUGUUUGAUGAUUUUAUACUGCUUGCUAAAGGAGGCCUUACAGUGUAUCAUGGACCUGUUAACAAAGUGGAAGAGUACUUCUCUGGGAUGGGGAUUGUAGUCCCUGACCGCGUAAACCCUCCAGAUUACUACAUUGACAUUUUAGAAGGAAUAUUAAAACCAAGUGCAAGCUCAGGAGUGACGCAUAAACAACUACCAGUUAGAUGGAUGCUUCAUAAUGGAUAUCCUGUGCCUAUGGAUAUGCUGCAACUUAUAGAAGGAAUGUCAACUCCAAGUGGUACCAUUCCAACACAAGGAGGACGUAACCCGAAUGCAAAGCUUACUGCCGCGCCUUCUUUUGCCGGAGAACUUUGGCAGGAUGUGAAGUGCAACGUUGAGAUGAAGAGAGACAACCUUCAACUCAAUUUCUUAGCUUCAAAUGAUUUGUCCAAUAGGAAUACACCCGGAUCUUUCCAACAAUACAAAUACUUUCUUGGAAGAGUUGGUAAGCAGCGGUUGCGAGAAGCUAGAACACAAGCUGUAGAUUUUCUGAUUCUGUUGCUAGCUGGUGUUUGCUUAGGAACACUUGCCAAAGUGAGCGAUGAAUCAUUUGGAGCAACUGGUUAUACAUACACCGUAAUUGCAGUAUCACUCCUUUCCAAGAUUGCAGCUUUGAGAUCGUUCUCAUUAGAUAAGUUGCAUUACUGGAGAGAAAGCGCUUCAGGGAUGAGUAGCCUUGCUUACUUUCUCUCAAAAGAUACAGUUGACCAUUUCAGUACACUUAUCAAGCCUCUAGUUUAUCUCUCCAUGUUCUAUUUCUUCAACAAUCCAAGAUCAUCUUUCACAGAUAACUACUUUGUUCUACUAUGUUUGGUGUAUUGUGUCACCGGCAUUGCUUAUGUGUUGGCAAUCUUCCUUGAACCAGGUCCAGCCCAGCUGUGGUCGGUGUUACUACCGGUAGUUUUGACUCUCCUAGCAACUUAUGAAAAUGAAGAGGAUAGCACUUAUGUUGCUUUCCUAUCCGAUUUGUGCUACACCAAAUGGGCUCUUGAAGCAUUUGUUAUAUCAAAUGCUAAAAGAUAUUCUGGUGUUUGGCUAAUAAGCCGAUGUGGUGCACUCAACUCAUACGGCUAUGAUCUCAAACAUUGGUACCAAUGUUUAGGACUCCUUGUUGUGACAGGAAUAAUUAGCCGCAUGCUUGCAUUUUUUUGUAUGAUAACCUUCCAGAAGAAAUAG